CCCCCUCUGCUUCUGGAGCAGCCAAUCCGGCAGCAGCUUUUGGACGCCGAUUUUUCUACGACGGCGGCCGGGCGGCUUGGCGUCGGCGUCGGCAGCUUCAGAACCCAAAUUGCUCUCAUGGAAGGAGGACGUGUGUGUUAGCUUCAAAAGUAAGAUAGAAAUCUGUGAUAAUGGCAGACCAACAGUUCUGUCUAAGAUGGAACAACCACCAAAGCACACUGAUCUCGGUGUUCGACUCUCUUCUGGAGAGGGGUGCUAUGGUGGAUUGCACUCUAGCAGCAGAGGGCCAAUGUCUUCAAGCCCACAAAGUUGUCCUCUCAGCAUGCAGUCCAUAUUUAGAGACGCUGCUGAGUCAGCAUUACGACAAGCAUCCUAUUCUCCUACUCAAGGAUGUGAAAUUCUACGAGCUUCAAGCCAUGAUGGACUACAUGUACCGUGGGGAAGUGAAUGUGGCUCAAGACAAAUUAGGAAUGUUUUUGAAAGCAGCUGAAUCUCUUCAAAUUAAGGGAUUGUCAGACAGUGGAGGCAAUGAACCACCUGACACGGGAGGGGGGACAAGUAGUAAACGGACUAGUAAAGCUGUACCAGUGACAAAUAUUCCACGUUCUGGUGGUGGAUUAACUGUGGAAAGGCGAAGGCCACAACCUCAAGUUUCGCAAGUGGUAGACAUUCCUUCAGAUAGUGGUUCCCGUGAUGGUAGUGAAUCCCCUUCCUUAAGAAGAAAACGACGGCGAAGAACAUCUGGUGAUGAAAAUACUGCUGAGGGCGACUCUUCUAACACUGGGGACGUGUCACGCACCCAGCCCUCUUCAGCCCCCCUUAGUUCAGACCAAGUGCCAAUGAAUGGUUCUGCUGAUAGUAAUGCCUUAGGAAUUCUUUCAUCCCUUAUGGAUGGAACUGUUGAGACUGAUAAUAGUGUACAAGAACCCGGACCGUCAUUAGGAAGUUCAAGUCAGACCCAGCCUUCACAACGGAUACGAGAAAAACUGGAACCUACCUCAGCCGAGAUGAUUCAACCAAAAGCAGAGUACCUGGAAACUGAAGAAAAUGUCGAAGACCUGACUCUUGAUGAUGAUGACGAUACUGGCAUGGAUGCAGGACCUUCACAGCGGCAAGGCGCAGGAUAUCAAUGGCACAUGGGCGAUCAAUCAGCAGAUGAAGUUUUCAUGGCAGCACAAGAAGCAGUUGGUGCUAACAGAGAUGCACAAGGGGAUGUUUUUCACGGGCUAGAAAGAAAUGUUAUUCUGGAAGGUGAAGCGGCUUUAGACAGCGUUCUCAACAAUAUGGUCCACGAUGGCAAGAAGGCAUUAGACGACAAUGCAAUUGAUGAUGAAAUGGAGCAAAGAUAUGACCUAGGCCCACUACCAGUUUCGUAUUCUUUGCCACACUUCCCACUUCACAUCACAAACAAGAUUAAGCAUUAUGGAAGGAAAAUAGAUGCAAAAUCCAAGAAGGAGAUUCUCGACAUACUCUUGAACGACAUGGUUCGUUACUCCUGUCACUUUUACCCUAAGGACUAUGAAUAUCAGAGGGUCGCAGAGAGGCUGGUAACUGAGUAUCCUGACCUUGCUGAUGCUUCGACAAAUGCAGCGUUUACAUGGAAAAGGGCAAUAAUAAGCAGCUUUCACAAGUAUCGGAGGAAACAUGCCCAAGACCCAACUUUGGCCAAGUUUAAAGAAAAACUUGGCAUUGCUGGUCGCAAUUUUGCCGCUGGUGGCAAACGUACGGACAAGCUUGGCGCUCGUGCCGAGCGUCCGUGCCCUGCUUAUAUAGAGAGUGGCGUUUCAGACACCAGCCCCCAGGCUAUAGAGCAGAUUCGGUUAACAGUUAUUCAGGAGUGGUCAAAAGACCAACCCAAUAUAGAUAAAAUUCUAUUGGGGCUAAAAUUAACAGCACGUGACAGGUGUUUGUUCUUUAGAAAACACGGUACUAGUUUGACUGAUGGCAUCCAGAUGUACCCCUUACUCAAGGAUCCAUUCUAUAUCAAUGAUGAAAUGGUACGGUUGUACAGCCGAAACAUUUCUGCUCUCUUAAGAGACUAUUUUACAUCCGAUAGGUGCCGUAGAGCUGUUCACAUACUGAGACAUGCAUCAAGGGCGAAAGAAAUUACCAGUGCAUUUGUAGCCCUACCAGAGGGCAACUCGGACGGAGUUAUAAGAGACUUUGUCCUUGCUGCGUUCCCUGCCCUAAGCCCUAACGAGUACGUCAACAAGUGGGUUUUAAUAGGAAAGGACCCAACUGGGUGUGGCGCUAUAAUAAGAGUCGACUCUAAUGUGCAAGGGUGGCUUAAUUAUAAAGAAGCUAGAUAUACUGUCAUAGUUGAGCAGGAGAGAUUUACCGGAGAAGAAGGACAAUUCACAUUUACUGAUGCGAUUGCAUGUGCGUUGAGCAUCCAGUACUUAUUUGAUCUGAAAUACCCGAAAAAUGUGCCAGGAGCGUGGAGGUUCUUAGCAGAACAUGUCUGCAAUCUACCACCGCUAACUCAGCCCAUGCUCCCCUCUACUCAAGAGUACAUCAAUAUAUUAUCUUAAGUUCUCUCUUACCCAACAAUUAAACAUUUCGUGUCAAAUUUUUGUAAAAAAAAA